CUGUAUCUUUAGAUUUUUAUUUAAGGUGGAUCACUGAUAUAUUUACGUGAAGUUAAAUUGAUUUUAAUUAAGCAAAAUGACCACGCUACCAUGUCUGAAAGUAUUAAUCCAAAGCCAUUUGCCUGCAAAUGGUUAUAUAAUCAUUCAAAACCACAGUACUUUAAAACCGUGGAGGAACUCAGAAAACACAUCGCUAAACACGACAUUAAUUUCUGCAACCAAUCUCUUUCAGUUUACGUAUGUCCGUGGGAAGGUUGUAAGAAAUCUUAUAAUAAAGAUAUUUUGUUAGAAGAACAUUUACGUAAUCACAUUCAACAAAGACCAUUUAAGUGUCCAAUUUGUAGUUAUACCCGAUUUGUUACUCCUGUUGCACUAAGUCAACACUUGAUUAACAAUCAUAAUAAUAGCUUUGUGGACUUUUCAGGUGAUGUUGAAAUAGAAAAAUUGAAUUCAGGAAAAGAUGGUGGUGAAGUCGAUAUCUUUUUGAAAGAAAAAAUUAAUAGAGAUGACGCACUUGUUGAUGAAAAAGUCAAAUAUGAAGUCUCGCCAGCAAGCCAUACAGCAAGAUUAUCCUAUCGUGAUGUUCUUGUCAAAGGGAGCGUUAAUGAGAAUGCUGCCAAUACGUCGCCUAUAAAUUAUGAAGAAGGUUUUAAAUUAUACUUUGAAGCGGCAGAAGCUAUUUCAACUUUAAUGGAAGAGAGGAAAGAAGAAAUUGAUGAUGAUUAUGAUUAUGAUUCUGAUAACUAUGAUAAUGUGCCUGAAGUUCCAAAAGGUCAUUUAACUGAGGAAGAAAAGGACAAACUUUUUUGGGAAACAAUUUGUGAUGUAUGUAAAGGGACAGAAGCUGUCACGAUGAUGCGUAAAGCUCGCAAAAUGUUAGGAAUGCCAAUUUGAGCGUGAAAUUUGUUAUUAAUAAGAUUCUUUACAGCAAAGAUUUUAUUUCUUAUAAAUAUAUUCCUCAUUUAGAUCAGAGAUUAGAAAUAAUAAAAUAUUUUUAUUGAUUUG